AUGAAGCUCUUCGUGCACAACUUCAUGUCUUCUCGAUUCCUGAAGAAUGUCACAGUAGGCUACCCACUCGAGUUGACUGUCAAGCAAUUUGAGGAAAAAGAUAUCGAGUUUGACAGAGAGAACACAAUUGUCAUGCUGGAUAAGGUUCAAUACGAAGCUCUUCUUGUCGCGGCAGCCGCUGUCAAUCAAGCAGAUCGUAUUCCAUCCGAACAACCAGCGAAAUAUGAUGAACUAUCUGACGAUCAACUGAAACAAUUCCACCAUAUACUCAUGAAUAUUGAUGUUGUUGAUGGGGAACUCAUCUGCCCGGAGACUAAAACAGUGUUCCCAAUUCGCGAUGGCAUCCCAAACAUGCUGAAAGUUGACGCCGAAAAGUAA